CAGAAGUCGUUGCCCUGUUGCACUGACUGCAACCCUCUGAUAGCAGAAGGGCUGAAAACCGACGGGCAGGGAUUGAGAGACAAGCCAUGGGAGUCUUUAUCUUCAUUGCUGUCACUCUCCUUUUCCUUGGAACAGCAGAGUCUGCUGAUGAUGUUUUUGAUCUCUCAGAUGCCUUGUCUGUCCCAGAGGCUCCCCAGAGGAACCAGGGAAGAGAACAGUGUCCAAAUGAAGCCCGAGACGUUGUCUUCCUGAUUGAUGGUUCAACCAGCAUGCGGCCUGCAGAGUUUGUGCAACUGAAGAUGUUUGUUGCACUCAUUAUGAAAAGCUUUCCUGAUAAUACACAGUUUUCCCUCCUGCAGUUCUCUAAUCGCUUUGAGGAGCAUUUUGACUUCAUGCACUUUAACAGAGUUCGAAAUCCUGACCACCUGCUCAAUGGAGUUAGGCAGCUGGGAGGCUCCUCGUACACAGCCACUGGGAUCACAAAAGCUGUAAAAGAGCUGUUCACCCCACAGAAAGGUGCCCGCAGCACAGCCAAGAAGUUCCUCGUGGUAGUGACAGAUGGUGAGAAGACUGGGGACCCCCUGGAGUAUGAAGACGUUGUUGAAGAGGCCAACAGAGCCAGAAUCACACGCUUUGCAGUUGGGGUUGGUUUGGGAUUCACAAGUACAACAGCCCAGCGUGAGCUCCAUGCCAUUGCUUCCCACCCAGCCACAGAACACGUCAUUGUCGUGAGACACUUCACAGGCCUCCGGGAUAUCCAGUCACAGCUGAAAGAGAAGAUUUGUGCCAGCCAUGGUGCAGUUGUUUCACAGCCUGCAGCAGCACCCCUGUCACCAGACACCUGCACUUCACGCUCUGAUCCUCAAGUGCUGCAGAAGCUGGAGCGAGUGCUGAGUAGCCUGGAUCAGGUCACCAACAAGUUGAAUAUGCUGGUUGCCAGACAGGGGAAAUGCGUGUAGGAUCCCCAGUACUUUUUCUUGAGCUAGCUGGCAGAUGGAGGCAACUGUGGUCUGCAGCAGGAGGUGAGGGGUAGGAAAGCAAGCAAGAAAAUAUCAAAUAUCAAAGAAAAGUGUUGGAUCCUGGCACACAGAUGUCCUCCUCACAUGUGUGACUUUUAAUCUGGUUUCUUAUAGGACGCUGAAGUGCCUCUGAUACUAAUAAAGCCACCUGCUCUCCA